AUGAGUGAUGGCCUCAACGAAGAAGACCCAGUCCUGCUUCUGGAAAAGAUACAAUCGAAACAGAAAAAGGAUCAGAAGGCAGCCAAGGAAAAGCCUGUAAAAGAAGAUAGUGCACCUACUACUAAGGCCUCAGCGUCCCAAGGCCGUCAGGCCGAGAAGCAGGUUGCCGAGGAUGAACACCAAAAGGUUCAACACAAAGGUGGCCGCACGGAAAAGAAAAGUGGACGACAACAGGAGGCGACCGAAGAGGAAUUCGACAAUGCUGCGGAGCCCUCAGCACCAUCAUUUGAACAACCGGAAGAUAGAAGUCAUCCAAACCGUGGUCGUGGGGGAUUUACGAAAAGCAGGCCUCGUGCCCCAAACCAUCGGGAGUUUGACCGUCACUCUGGCUCUCUUAAAACUGGUGUCAAGCCUGUCAUAAAGAAGGAUGGGUACGGCAGCGGAAACUGGGGAACCAUUGAAGACGAACUCGAAGUGACGAUGGCACCCGAAGGUGCGCUGCCCGAGGAGCCUCUUUUCGAGGAUAAGGAAAAAACCGAGGAAUCCACGGCGAAGCCAGCUGAGCCUGUUGAAGAAGAGAAGAAGACAUUAACCCUGAAGGAGUUCAAGGAACUUCAAAAAGCUUCCAAGCCAAAGGUGGAGUUAAAGACUACUGGUGGCCGUGCAGCAAACGAUGGAAAGGAUGUCUUUUCCAAUAUGGUUGCUGUAAAUAAACCUCGGCCCGUCGAGCAGUUUAUCGACGUUUUGGCCGAGACCGAAAAACCGAAUCAAAGCCAGCUUUCUUCGAAAUGA